ACUUACAAAAAACGUAUUUAAGUUCAGAUUGGAAGAAUUUGAUGUUCGUGUGUGUUGUGUUUAUUUUAACUUAAAUAAAUGUGUUUUAAUUUAAAGCAUUCCUUUUUAUUUUGAAAGAGAAAAAAAAAAACAAGUUUAAAUUAAAAUAAAAACUUUACGAAAAAUGUUUGGAUUUUCUGUACUAAGAGAAGCACUUAAAAAGCUCAACUGGAAAGAUCCUAAUGUAAUGGUGAACGUGAGAAAGCUGUUGCUGUCAUAUGAAAGUGAAGAAGUAGAAUGGAAAGACUUUUUCUUCAUGGCAGACAGUGAAAGGUAAAUAUGAAACUUUUUGCAAGACCUGUGUGCUUUUUUUUUUUUUUUUUUUUUUUUUAGAAUUUUGAAUUUGUGUUUUUUUUUUUUUAAAAAAAGUAAUUCUUUUUUUAUUUUUUUUUUUUUUUUUUUUUUUGUUAUAGAAUUUAGAAUGUGUGCUUUUUAUUUUAUAAAAAAAGUAAUCCUUAUUUUAUUAUCUAGUCUCGUAUGACAAAACUUCGAAAUGGCAUUCAAUAGUCUCGUAUAGCAAACGUCAUUUAUGUCAUUUUCUAGUCUCGUAUAGCAAACGUCAUUUAUGUCAUUGUCUAGUCUCGUAUAGCAAACGUCAUUAAUCUCAUUGUCCAGUCUCGUAUAGCAAAUGUCAUUUAUCUCAUUGUCUAGUCUCGUAUGACAAAACUUCGAAAUGGCAUUCAAUAGUCUCGUAUAGCAAACAUCAUUUAUGUCAUUGUCUAGUCUCGUAUAGCAAACGUCAUUAAUGUCAUUGUCUAGUCUCGUAUAGCAAACGUCAUUAAUCUCAUUGUCUAGUCUCGUAUAGCAAACGUCAUUUAUGCCAUUGUCUAGUCUCGUAUAGCAAACGUUCAUUUGUCAUUGUCUAGUCCAUAUAACAAACGUCCAUAUGUCAUUGUCUAGUCUCGUAAAGCAAACGCCCAUGUGUCAUUGUCCAGUCUCAUAUACCAAACGUCCAUUUGUCAUUGUCUCUUUUCACAAAAAUGAUGUAACAAUAUACUCUGUUACAAUUUACCUCUGCUCUGUAUCUUUUAAUAAACCAUCAUAUACAUUCAAAUUAAAAGUCAGACUAUUUAAUGAUUUUUUUAAUACUUUAAAAAAAGAAAAAGUUAAUCAAGUAAAUCUAAGUAGUAGUCUGAUUUAAAGAAAGGUGAAUUCUAAGCUACAAAGGUGUCUUGGGCGAACGGGGGAAGCGUUGCGUUAAUAAACACAAUACAAGACACCUGUGGGGGGGAAAAAUUUUGUUUAAAAAAUACAAUGCCAAAAACAAUCUUACUCCUGAAAAAUAUGAGCCAGUUGAAGAACAGAAAUGUAAUUAAGUGCAGCAAUUUUAAAGUGACACAUAUCAAUAACAUAAAAAAGAUGUACUUUAGGAAAUGUAAAACAUAACAUUUUGCUCUGGCUGGACACAACAAAGGCAACUAAUAGACCAUUAACAAAUACCAUUUAAAAUACGCAAAUUGAGAUCAAACUGUAACACCUAUGAUAAAUAUUUAUGUAUGUUACAGCAGUUACAGUGCACACGAGGUGCAUACGACGCCUGACAAGUUUAUGAUGGUUAUAAUUAUUUGGAGGCCCGGUAGUUCGGGGCCGCUCCAGGAUUAUGGUGGGUCAUACUGUCACACUAAGGUGGGUCUUGAGUUUGUUCAGCAUUAUUUCUUUUAUAUUUAUCGCUCUAUUUCUGUCUUCUUUUCUCUCUCUCUCUCUCUUUCUCUCUCUCUUUCCCUUUCUCUCCCAUUCUCCGUCUCUAUCUCUCAAUCGCUUUCUCCCUUUUUCGCUCUCUAUGUCUCCCAUUCUCUGUUUCUCACUCUCCUUUUUUCGAAGUCUUUCUCUCCCUCUAACUUUUUAUCCCUGUCAGUUUCAAUUUCUCUCUCUUUUUCGCUCUCUCUGUCUACCAGUCUCUCGAUCACUCUCUAUAUUCUAACUGUAUCUAACUCUUUAUCUUUUUCUUUCUCUUUCUCUAUUCAAUUUUUUUUCUGUCUCGCUCUUCCUCUUUUUCAUUCUUUCUGGCUCUCAUUCUCUGUCUUUCUCCCCAUCCACUUCGUUCCCUUUCCCUCUCUCAUUCUUCCUGUUUCUUUCUCUUUUUCUCUCCUUCUCAUUGUUUCUCUCCAUUCCUAUUACUCUUUCUCUCUCUCGUUAUUUCUCGUUGUCUCUAACUUUCGAUCUCUCCCUCUUUCAUCCUCUCAGUAUCUCUCUCUUUCCAUCUCUCUAUUUUCAUGUUUCUUCUAUUUGUUUCUUUCUUUUUCUUGCUCUUUAGCUCACGCUCUCUCUCUCCUAUUUGCUCUCUUUUUCUUUGUCUCUUUCUCCCCCUCAAUGUCUCUUUCUCUCUGUCUCUCACUCACUUUUUCUUUCUCUCUUUCUCUCUCUCUCUCUCUGUCUCUCAUUGCCUUUCUCUCUUUUCUAUCGCUCUCUCUGAAUUCUAAUUGUGUCACUCUUGUAAUUUUCUCCGCUCCCUUCUUAUUAUUACCAUAUCUCUCUUAAAAAAGUUGUAUAGAAAUAGAGAUUUUCAUGGAAUUUCGACCAUCUACUCCUCUAAGAAAAUGUUAAUGCCAUUUAAAUCCUCAGAGUUACCAUUACACCUUCGCAGCCUACCAAGGUCCCAAUAUAAUGGGGUUGGACUGCGAUAAAGUAAUUAGUAUAUUCAUGAGACACAAAACAAUAUCUUAACGUAAAACGAUAUAUUAAAACAGGAUUAAAGAAAACCUAAUUACAAUACAUUUACUUACACACAAUUAAUUGGUUAUGUUUAAUUAUAAUGUACUUGUGGCGUAAAAGGAGCGAACUUCCCAUUUACUAACGUUAUUUGACGAAAACAUGCAUUUAGUAUAUCACUUUAUACGUAUCAUAAUUAGUGCUACCCCCCCCCCCACACACACACACAAUAUUUAAAAGAAAAAAAAUCUUCUAAUUAUGUCAACGCUAGCUAUUUUCAUGCUUAUGAACUUUAUUGAUAUUCUUGUGUCCCACCCCCUUUUACACCAAAAUUAUACGUAUCAUAAUUAGUGCUACCCCCCCCCCCACACACACACAAUAUUUAAAAGAAAAAAAAUCUUCUAAUUAUGUCAACGCUAACUAUUUUCAUGCUUAUGAACUUUAUUGAUAUUCUUGUGUCCCACCCCCUUUUACACCAAAUUUUUAGUACAAUCUGUUUACACUCAGACUAAAACAAACAAAAACAUGUUAUUCACCAAACGCACUUGCUAUAUGUUUACCAGACUCGUUAAACGCUUUGAUCGGGAAUAUAAUUUUGCCCGCUUCUAAACGCACCUUUCCUGCAUAAAUUCGUACAUACACACAUUCAUAUCUAGAGAACUGUUAGACCUGUUGUGCAAAACUUUUUUUUGUUGUUUUAUCUCAUCAGAUUUUGAAAGGUUGUUUAAUAGAGGAGCACUACACGUACGAUGACAGACGACAGACGGGCAGACGCCUUAAACUAAAAAACACCGUGAGACUAGAGCGCAACAGGGUCAACAACCUCAACGGUAUGUGCGAAGUUAGUUCACGUUAUUAGAAUAGAUUAAAGAUAGUAAGCCUAGGGGAAACCGGCAGAAAACAAACCCUUAUAUGAAAAUAAAAAAAAAUACUAAUUGAGUGACUAAGGUUUACAUUUAAACGGAAAUAACGUAAAAUGAUAUAUUAAAACAAGAUUAAUGAAAGCCUUGGUCAACAUUUCAACAACAAAAAAUGGAAAUCGGAUUGGCAUUCUUGGCAAAUUUUAGUUGUUUUCGUAGGGAGUAGGGAGGCAAAAAGUGUUGUUGUUUUUUUUCCUAGAUGUCAAACCUAGCUACGCCGCUGUUACUUACAGAUUGCACACAUCAUGUCAAAAAAACAGUAGCUGGUAGACUAACGCCAAAGUACUGGUAAUCAAAUGAGGAAUUUUAACGAUUGCUUAAGAAAUACUCUCUAUAAACUGCACAGACAAUAAGGGAUUACUCAUAAAACUUCACAAGUAAAAGACAUACUUUACAAUGCAAGUGUUAUCAAUCGAGACAAUUAAAUUCGUUUUAUUUAUGUUUAACUUAGCUUCCUUAGUUUAAAGUCAUGAUGAUGUGAUGGUCUGUCCAUUUAGUUUUAUUAAGAUAUAUAUAUAUAUAUAUAUUUUUUUUAAUUUUUAAAACUGAUUUAUAUUGGGUAAUAGUAGGAGUUGUAAUCCGAGCUAACCGAGCCUUUAGUCUAAACUUUUGGACUGAACUUUUGGACUGAAAUUUAUUUUGAACUUUUAGUAUGAACUUUUAGUCCUAACAUGUAGUCUGAACAUUUAGUAUGAACAUUUGGUCACAACUUUUAAUCUUUGAACAACGAUGAAAUCGGCCGUGUUACUUUCUUUACCAUUGUCUUGUUUCCGAUUUAAAAAAAUAAGGUAUUACUGUUACAUCCUAAUGUGAUUAUUUAUAUUUAAUCCUACCUAGGCAAUUAGGGCCCAUUCCUAGAAUAAAAUAAAGUAAGAUUAAACCUGAAAAAAAAGGAACGCAGCAGAACAGCGUUAUGCGUUCCAUUUUUCAGGUUUAAGCUGACUUUGUUUUACUCACUUCCUAAUGUGCUUACCUGAUUGAAUUCUGUCCUCCCCCCCCCCCUCCUUUAUUGCCGUAGAAUAUAUCAUGUCGGCUUGGUAGUUGAAGGGAAAUAACUGAAAUUGUUAUUGUUAAAACCAGAUUAUUAUAAUGGCACCGCUCUGCUUCACUCCCCUUCCUUGUUUUAAUCGUGGGAUUAACUCGUUAACAAGGAUCACAAAACGAAUUAAAAAAAAAACAAAACAUUUUAGUCUUCAUAAAUAACUAUGAUAUAAAUAUUCACUCUUCAAAAGAUAGAAAAAAAAAUUAGUCCAAGUUUCAAAUAAAUCGUUAUAAACUACUCCUUAAUGAUAGUAAGANGAUCUAAUAAUUUAAUUUUUCUAUUUUUUUUCAACAUUUUUUUUUUUUUUUUAGAAUUUAAAGAUUUUCAUCUGAUGAAAAAUGCCAGUGGCAUAGAGGAGGCUGUUUCACUUCAUAUUUGCACGUGAGAAUUCUAUAACAUUAUUAACGACAGUUAGAUGGUCUAGUUGGGGAGACAUGGUGUUUCCAGGGGCCGUUUGGGGGGAGUUGGUUUACCGCCUUAAGGAUGCUGGAUGAGGGGGGUGGGGUUCAUAAGUAACUAACAGGUAUGUACGUAAAAAUUAAUCCCCAUUUAAUUGUUUUUUUUAAAAUGUGUUUUCGUUGAUAACGGGUAGGCUACUAACGGUUUAAUUUCUUUAAAAAAAUGAUUACUUAGGUUUUUUCCCCAUAUAAAAUAGUUUUCAAUCAUAGAAUAAAUUGCAUAACAAACGAGGCUUAGAUUAAAUUUAAAAAAAAAAAAAACUGUUUUAAGGGACACUUUUUAUUUGCAUCAUAUCUUUAAAAAGUGUUUAUUGUUGUGUUAAUUUUUAUUAUUUUAACAAUCAAGCCCUGAAUUUGGUUAUUAAAAUUCAAUUUAAGAACUUUGAGUUUGUAUACUACAUAAUUUUACAUUACUAUUUUAUAACUGAAAUUGACUUUAAAAUAAAACUAUUGUAAUAUUAAUGCAGGACUUUUUAUAACCUCUUAAAAAUUGAAUAAAUCCAAUUAAUUCAACGCAAUCCACAGGCUGCCAUUAGAGACGUGCACGGUGGUCGACAUGCUCACGGAGGAGAAGGCGGUGACAGAAAUUUCUUUAGUAAAUGUGGUGGAUGAAUACCGUGUUUUUAACGCCUUUCAUUCUUUCUCACUCUUUUUUUUCUCCCUCCCUCUAAAGUAAUCUCUCUCUCUCUCUCUCUCUCUCUAUCUCUGUGUUUCUUUAUCUCGUUCUUUCUCUUUCUUCUCUCUCUCUAUCUCUCCCUCUAUUCGUCGCUCUCUUUCUCUCUCAUUCUCUCUGUGUCUCUUUUUUUCACACCCUUUUUAUUUUCUGACUCUCUUUCUCCCUCUCUUGAUCUCUGUCUCUCUACGUCUCUCUCUACCAUUCUUUAUUUCUCUCUCUCUCUCUACAUCUCUCGUUAUCUUGUUAUUUUUUCUCUCUCUCUUUUUAUAUCUCUCGCUCUCUCCUUAACACUAUAUGUGCAAUAUAAUGAUCUAAGAGUAGAUUGCUCAAAGGAGAUUCACGUAUCCGUUAAUAUUUAUAUCUCUCUUGUAAUUCUGUAUACAGAAACUUCAGAAUAUAUUUUAUGGUAGAGACUGAGUUACAUAAUCGUAACAAAUCUGUUAAAGGUUUUCUUUAAAAAAAAUAAUGAAAUAUAUUUUUUUCCACGUCCUAAAAUUAAUAAAUCAUAAAGUUUAAUUUAUGUGGUCGAAAACAAUUGUUUAAUAUCAUUAAUGUACUGAAAUACUUCAUUUAAAUACGAUAUUAAAUGUUUCUCAACAAUAUGUUUCAAAUAUUUUUAUUUGAUUACUAUUUUAGGUUCAUUCUUCUUUGGUCGAACACGUAACUAGACUUUAGCCAAAAGGUAAGUCCUCAUGACGGCCAUAAUUACUUUGAUAUCUAUUUGAAUAUGUUUGAUUUAAGUUAUUUUCAUUAGAAAUUUUAAAAUUAUUUAUUGCUUGAAGUUUUUUUUAAUUUUUAUUAUUAUUUAUUUAUUAAAUUCCAGACUGAUAAAUUAUUGAGACAUGUGUUGAGGCAAUAAAAAAUAUUUCAGACAUAAAGUAUAACCAGCAUAUAUUUAUUUUUGUUUCAUUUACAGACACACGUCCCUUCAAAUGAAAAAGAACGAUGAGUUAGCUGUAUCCAAAAACACACAUGUGUAUUUGGACUUGAUUUGGAACAUUGAAAACUUAGAGAAAUAUUUGUGAUAAGCAGAGAGUAGAAACCAUUUAAAAAAUUCCGUUAUGGGGAAAAAGAUAUAAAAUGUAAAUAUAGUUUUACUAGAUGUUAGAGGUAAACACAUCCUAAAUUCCUGAGUGUAUUUAUCGUAUUUAUCAAUUAAUUCUAUGAUUUUUUCAUGAUCAUAAAUCGAUUAUAUGAUUUUAUCAUUACAAAUUAAUUACAUUAAAGGUACAUUUAUCACUCCCCCUUUACCAUAUGUAGUUGCACAUAAGGGAUAGGGGAGUGCUUAAUACCCGUGGCGUCACUUUUUAUUCUUUAUAUUGAGACGUUACAUUUUAGACCCACUGUAGAAGGGAGUGAAUUGUCUAAAAUUGAAUCCCGCCCCCGAGGCUGCACUAUCCUUAGAUACGCCACUGACUACAUGCGGAAUAAUUUUUUUUAAAAUUUUUUUUUUUACAAAUUUCAUCUUAUCAUGGAAAAUAAUUACUACUUAGAUUUACCGACAUAAAUAUGUUUACGUCAGCUGGGUAGAUUGGCAGCCAUCGGGUAAACUUAACAUUUGUCCACCCUAAUGAAACAGUUCCUUUCACUUAAGUCCAACCGAUCCGAUAAGUUAAUUUGUCAAGCCAGAAGGAAACACUUGUGUCCAGCGAAUUCUCCCACACAAAAUAGUUAAUCGCAGCCAUUAGUCCACCUCACUUGCAUCAGUUAAACUAACAGAACUACAACAGGUCGUUUAAUAAGAGCCAAACGCUCACUAAACACUGAUUUCACCAGUGACAACCCGAUAAACAGUUAUACCCGAGACGAUAGCAAAUGCUUCACUGUGCCUAGGUGCAGCACCAGUGCAGUAUAAACAAUCAUACUUACCACGCACAAUAAUCGCUUGGAACCACCUGGAAAAUGCCGCUGUGGACUCAACAUCGGUAGAAAAUUUCAAGGCUGCCCUGGCAUCUGCUAGGAGCUGUUAGAAUAGCAACAUCGCUUCCCCCAACUGUUGCACAGAUGCCAGUUAUGGAUGCAGCAACGAACACUACCAGAACCCGAACCAGAACAAGUUAUAUAAGUAGUUUUACAAAUAGGGUGUAACUACGUGUGUGUACUAGAAUAUUCAUUUAUAAAUAAACAAAACCCAACGUU